CAGUCGUCACUAAUCCAGAGCCACGUAAUGGCUUGCUACCGAGCACACAAAAUUCUUUCUUUCUUAAGCGCGUUGACAUCAUUAUUAUUAUAUAAAUAAAUAGUCGCAAUUAGAUGAAAAUCAUAUGAAGAAGAACUUAAUAUAAAAACAAAGUGUAAAGUGAAGAACGCAAUCGUUCUCUUGACAACAAAAUUUUUAGUCUACCAGCUCGAUUGAAAAGAAAAAGAAGACAGGACACAAGUAUACACUCCAAGAGCGAUAUCGCAAACAGGUUUGAGCCCUUGAUACGACAGCUAGUAGAUAGGAAGAGAGAGAGCCUGCAAGGCACGAAUGAAGUUAGAGUCCAAUGUUAUGAGAAACGCGUUAUUCGAACGCUGCCGUUGUCGCUGCCAACGUCAGACUCUCAUCAGUAUUUUCUUGAUAUGAAGCCGUUGUUCUGCCUUACUUUGCUUCUCAGCAGCAGCAUCGUUUGGAAUAGCAGUACCUUCUUCGUUCAAUCACGAAGAUAUACUAAUGCUGAGUGUGAUGAGUGCCAAGAGGCAAACGGGAGCUUGAUGCAACGUCGGCGACGAUACACUGUUGAUGAGCUGCUCAAUAUCAAGUUCCCGAACCUCAUCACGGGAGACCUCGACCUCGACAUAUGCAAAGCGGGAGGAUUUCUUGGUGACAUUGCAUUACCAAAUUUAAAAUACGAAACCGAGUGGCGUAAACAAUUAUUGAAUAAACGUUUUCUUGAUGAACUUGAAAAUUAUAGAGAGGAGAUAUUUAAAGAAGGACUACAAAUAGAAGAAGAAGGUCUAAAUGAAAUUUUAAAUUUUAAGCAUGCACAUAAUUUACACCAUAUAAACGAAGAUGAUAAAAAGGAGAAGGAAAAUAAUAUUAAAUCUAGUGCACGUAAUCAUAAUCAAUAUCAAAUAGAAACAACUGAAAAAGAUGAUAAGGCUACUGAAGUUAAAGAUUAUGGGUUCGUCUUUAGGUACUUAAGUGAUGAUGUUCCGGAAAAAAGUAUGGAAAAAUAUAUUAAAAAUACUAGAUUAAAAGAAAUCAAAGGCUUAAAACAUGGUAACAGUGAACAAACAUUAUCUGAAAGUAUAGGUAUAAUUUUUAAUAGACAAGAAUUAAUACCACCAAAAUUUAUUGAAGGUCAUAAAUUCAAUGUCAAGAAUUUAACGGAAAAUGAUUUUCCCAGUGAACAUUUUUCCACUGCCAUACCACAAAUUAGAAAAAGGCGAUAUCAUCGACGGAAACCACCGGAAAUACGAAAUCAUCUAGAACAUAGGCGCAGCAAGAGUAAGUACAAGCAUAAGAAAGGUAGAGACAAGGCUUCAAUAAAUUCAAAUAGCAAUCAGCGAGUACAAGAUGAACAAAGCAGAUUAAUACAGUCUUAUGAGUUACAAGGAUCAGCUGGAUUUCGAGGACGGUUGAUACGCAAAAAACGUGCAGCAACUGCACGUAAGGAUCGCGUCUGGGAUCAUGGAGUUAUACCUUACGAAAUCGACGGUAACUUCUCAGGGGUGCACAAGGCUUUAUUCAAACAAGCAAUGCGUCACUGGGAAAAUUUUACUUGCGUCAAAUUUGUGGAACGCGUGGCCCGGGAGCAUCCUAAUUACAUCGUUUUUACUGAACGACCUUGCGGAUGCUGUUCUUUUGUUGGAAAGCGUGGUAAUGGACCACAAGCCAUCAGUAUUGGAAAAAAUUGUGACAAAUUUGGAAUUGUUGUACAUGAACUAGGGCAUGUUGUAGGUUUUUGGCAUGAACAUACGCGUCCGGAUCGUGACCGACAUGUGCAAAUUAUUCGUGAAAAUAUUAUGACAGGUCAGGAGUAUAAUUUUAAUAAACUAACCGAAGACGAAGUAAAUUCGUUGGGGUUACCAUAUGAUUAUGACUCCAUUAUGCAUUAUGCAAAGAAUACAUUUUCCAAAGGUACUUACUUAGAUACUAUUUUGCCAAUGGAAAGCCAUGGGUUGAAAAGACCUGAAAUUGGUCAACGAGUACGUUUAAGUGAAGGAGAUAUAGCACAAACGAAUUUACUUUAUAAAUGUCAGAAAUGUGGUCGAACAUUUCAGGAAAAUAGUGGGACUUUCGGUUCACCGAGCCACCCAAACAGCUCGCCAUCGAGUGACGUUGAGCGGUGCGAAUGGCGUAUUACUGCUACACACGGAGAACGCAUUAUCCUUAAUAUCACUUUUUUAGAUAUAUUUAAAAGUGAUUACUGUCGUACUGAUUAUCUAGAAAUACGUGACGGCUAUUGGCAUAAAAGCGCUGUUCUUGGUCGUUUUUGCGGCAGCGGAAAAAUCCCUAAUCCCGUCAUUUCGACAAGCAGUCGAAUGCUGGUUACAUACGUUACAUCCUCUCGACAGAGUGGCCACGGAGGCUUUAGUGCUGACUACGAGGCAAUCUGUGGAGGCGACGUGAAAUUGGACGGAAUUGGUCAUCUCGAGUCUCCCAAUUAUCCAGAAGAAUAUCAUUCGAGUAAAGAAUGCAUUUGGCGACUCAUAGUACCUCAGGAUUACCAAGUGGCCCUGAAAUUCCAAUCUUUUGAAAUAGAGAGUCAUGACAACUGUGUUUAUGACUACGUCGAGGUACGUGAUGGACACGUCGCUGAUUCACCACUUAUAGGCAUUUAUUGCGGUUAUAAGCUUCCUCCAGACAUACGGUCUACAAGUAACAAGUUGCUUGUAAAAUUCGUCAGUGAUAGCUCUGUUCAGAAGGCUGGAUUUUCCGCUACAUUUAUGAAAGAAUUCGACGAAUGUGCUUUGACCGAUCAUGGAUGUGAACAUGAAUGCAUAAAUAAUUUAGGAGGAUAUGAAUGUUCCUGUAAGAUUGGUUUUGAACUUCAUUCAGAUGGAAAACACUGUGAAGAUGCUUGCGGAGGCGUGUUUGAGACGAGCAAUGGUACUAUUACAAGUCCGUCUUUCCCUGAGACCUAUCCAGGCAAUAAACACUGCUUUUGGGAAAUUAUUGCACCACCCCAAUAUCGAAUCACUUUGAACUUCACCCAUUUUGAUUUAGAGGGCAACCAUGUUUACGAACAGCCAUGCGAAUAUGAUUGGGUUGAAAUUUCUAGUAAGCUCGGUGAUGACUUAUUAAAGAAACAUGGCAUUUACUGUGGUUCAAAGCCACCGCCCCUUAUAACAUCUGAGAGUAAUUCUUUAAAAAUCAUAUUUUCUUCGGAUAAUAGUAUGCAAAAGUCAGGAUUCGCUGCACUAUUUUUCACAGAUAUGGAUGAAUGUGCAAACAAUAAUGGUGACUGUCAACAUGAAUGUAAAAAUACAAUAGGAUCUUAUCAUUGUUCCUGUCACAAUGGAUUUAUACUCCAUGACAAUGGACAUGACUGUAAGGAAGGUGGAUGCAAAUAUGAAAUAACUGCACCAUCCGGUACAAUCACAUCUCCAAAUUAUCCAGAUUACUAUCCAGGCAAGAAAGACUGCGUUUGGCACUUUACAACAACACCUGGACAUCGAAUAAAAUUGUUGUUUAAGGUAUUCGAUAUGGAACCUCAUCAACAGUGUGCUUAUGAUCAUGUUGUAAUUUAUGAUGGCGAUUCUCCAGAUAGUCAAAUACUUGGUCGUUUUUGUGGAAAUAAAGAGCCUCAUCCAAUUUUAGCAACAGGAAAUCAAAUGUUCAUGGUUUUUAAAAGUGAUAUGUCAAUUCAAAAGCAAGGAUUUUUUGCCCAACACAUGACAGCUUGUGGAGGCCAUUUAACAGCAACCGAUCAUGUAAAAUAUUUUUACUCUCAUUCACGCUAUGGAAGUCAAAAUUACGAUCAAAAAAUGGAUUGUGAUUGGAUUAUAGAAGCGCCUCUUGGAAAAAAUGUACAUCUUAAUUUUUUAUCAUUUAAUCUAGAAGAUGAAAAUGAUUGCAAAUAUGAUUGGGUUGAAGUUCAUUCAGGUCUUGAUACAUCUAGUCCCAGUUACGGAAGACUUUGCGGCAAUUCGAAUACAACAGAUAUUAUAUCGAUAAAUGAGGCGCUACUCGUGCGUUUUAGAACAGAUGAUACCGUCUCAAAAGGUGGUUUUGCUGCCACAUAUUUCGCAUACGAUCGACCGGAUAGUGAAGAACUGAUUGGAGGAGAAGAUGAGGAAGAAGACUUAUCGAAAAUUUGAUUUUAUAGGAACAUUAUCAAUUAGUUAUUUUGUUCUUUAUUAUGUCAUGUAUAAUUUAAUUGGUGGGACUUAAGAAAGUCU